AGCUCCGGCCUCCCGCUCCCCCCUCAGCCCGCGCGGGGCCCGGCCCGACCGCGGGGGAACCUGCAGGUUCCCCCGGGGUCGGGGCGGUUCGGGCCCCGCCGGCGGCGGCCUCCCCUCAGCGCUGGCUGGGGGGAGGCGGCGCGCACCUGCCCAGGGCGUCGGGGCGGGCCCAGGCAGACCCCGCCUUCCGGGACUCCGCACCGGGAAGCCUCGGCUGGGGCCGCGCUGAGCCGCCACGGGCAGGACUAAAUGGCGAGCAAAUGGACUGUUUGAUGCACAGGGCUUGAUUGCCUAAGAAGAGGGACUCGGCCGAGUGUACCCCACAGGGAAUCUGCUGGGUAUCUCUGUCAUCUCAUACUCUUCCUUGAUAUGGAACAAAGUGAAGGUGAACAGGAAUCCCAGCCAGAAAGUCACGUGGAUAGCAAGAGCAGCGUGAAAUCCUUGCCUGGGGGACCAGCCCAUGUCAAACUAGAGAUAAAAAAACAUGCAGUUACGGAUGACUACAAACUCUCCAAACGGGUGCUAGGGUUAGGAGUCAAUGGCAAAGUACUGGAGUGUUUCAACAAGGAGACGGGCCAGAAAUGUGCUUUGAAGCUCCUGUAUGACAACCCAAAAGCCCGUCAGGAAGUAGAGUAUCAUUGGCGAGCAUCAGGGUGUCCCCACAUUGUCCAUGUCCUGGAUGUUUAUGAGAAUAUACAUCAUGGAAAGAGAUGCCUCCUCAUUGUCAUGGAAUGCAUGGAAGGAGGAGAGCUGUUUAGCAGGAUCCAGGAGAGAGGAGAUCAAGCUUUCACUGAGAGAGAGGCCUCUGAAAUAAUGAGAGACAUUGGAACAGCCAUCCAGUAUCUGCAUUCAAUGAACAUCGCCCAUAGAGACGUCAAGCCUGAAAACUUGCUUUACACCUCUAAAGAGAAGGAUACUGUACUCAAACUCACAGACUUCGGCUUUGCCAAAGAAACCACUGUAUUAAACGCGCUGCAGACACCCUGUUAUACUCCUUAUUAUGUGGCUCCAGAAGUCCUUGGCCCUGAGAAGUAUGACAAAUCGUGUGACAUGUGGUCGUUGGGUGUCAUCACAUAUAUUCUCCUCUGUGGGUUCCCUCCAUUCUACUCAAACACUGGUCAAGCCAUUUCUCCAGGGAUGAAGAGAAGAAUUCGGAUGGGACAGUAUGGGUUUCCCAAUCCAGAGUGGGCUGAAGUGUCAGACGAAGCCAAACAACUGAUUCGCCAUUUACUGAAGACAGACCCGACAGAGAGGAUGACAGUUUCUCAGUUUAUGAAUCACCCUUGGAUUAAUAGAUCAAUGGCAGUGCCACCAACUCCUCUUCAUACUGCACGGGUCCUGCAAGAGGAUAAAGACCACUGGGAUGAAGUUAAAGAGGAGAUGACCAGUGCUUUGGCUACCAUGAGGGUGGACUAUGAUCAGGGCGUGCAACUGGACAUGCAAUUGUAUACAAGAGACUGCUCUGGAAGAGGCACUUCUGAAAUUCAGGAAGAAGUGGCAAAUGCAUGUUCUCUGAAUGGACCCUGGUGUCUGCCAGCAUUCCUUCUGGUAAUUAUCUCCAGAUUCUGUGCCUAAGAUGUGCUGAUCGUAGCAAAUUUUGGGGUGCUGGGGUUGAUUUGUUUCCUGGGGUCAGAGAGGGGGAGGAUGCUACUUCAUUUGCGGUGUUUUUGUCAGUGUUUCUGGAUCCAAAGAUUUUCACCACCUAAGGGACAUUACCUAUAAGGAUAUCCACCCAUUGGUUUUUUCCUAUUCUAAUUCUUGGUUUAUGAGAUUCUAGCCUUGGUUUGCUAGUUUAUUUUACUUUGUGAUCAAAAUAUUUCCUCUCGCUGUGUUUUGAUUAUUUUUUUUUUAAGUUGAGGUGACACAAAUAUUUGUGAAAGUAUUAUUAGUCUAGGCUGAAAAUUAUGUGCUUCCAGUGAUGCAGACAAAAACUGCUUUGAGGUAGGCGCACAGAGUACUGGUGUGUUAAUAGGCUCGGAAGAAUGUUAAAAGACAAAAAGGAAAACAAGGCUCCAGACAGGAUCUGAAUCGUCAAAUCUGACUGCCACCUAGAUCUUGUUACCUCCAACAAGGAUCAAUAUGAGGCUUUGGACCGUGUCUGGGGAGCUCUGUUCCCAUCUUCACAGUGUUGGAUGAGACCUCCAUUCUCCUUUGUGAAAUGGUCCUAGGGUUUUAUAAACUGAUUUUAAUAAAUCAUGUUACAACAUUC